CUGUGCUCCUCGAAAGAAUGCUCCCUCUUUUGACGUGGACGAAUAGUUGAGUCGCAUCAUUGGGAUUCAAUUGUCGCUUCGAACCCACACAAGUCUGAUUCACCACAACAUCCGUAUAAAGUGAGGACAAGACACUAUCCCCUCAAACAAAGUCAAAAGCACAAUAUUUGGUGUUAGCCCCAACCAUCACACUUUCGUUUGCUUAAAUCAGGAAGAGCUCAGAUUUAGGUGUCUGGGUAUACAAUGCCGCACAACUUCUUUGUAAUGCCUUCGAACACUAGAGCCAUGAUCUGAAACAGGUUUUCGUCCGAGAAAUUGAAGCGAUAUACUGAGGAGAAAUGAAGCAAUUCAAACUACAACGAAAACAAACAGCUGAUGUGAUUCGAUCAUUGUAAAAAGGAGCACCUCUACAAUCGGAAACCAUAUACAUACAGGCGCUCAGCUGACGUCUACCCUCUAAAAAACUCGUCUGCCUGGCUGGCUCGCAAAACACUCACUCGGCUUCGUUAUCUCUGUGGCUCAAAAACAAAGCUGUUUCUUUCAACAGUGGCAGAUUUCCCAGAUGGCGCUGGCAUCAGAUGGCGCCACUUUACUUUGGCACCGGCGACAUCAUUUCAAGCUUUCCUUCACCCGAGGUUGCGACGCAUUAAAUUUUGAGCUUGCGUAAGAGAAACAAACCCUCCGUGUGAACCAUGUAUUUUUUUUUUACAUGCACACUUCAGAGUUCUGUCAAUCAUGUCCCUUUUCAAACUAGCGUGGGUCCAACGAGGAUUUUUGGUUGCCAGACGCUGUGUUCAUAAUACUGCCAUACACAGCUCUAGCUUAAGAGACUGGAGCCAGUUACAUCCUGUUGCCCUGAAUUACUUGACCUUCGAGCCCAGUGAUGGUGCUACCCGUGCUACCCGUGCUACCCGUGCUCCCCCUGAUCAGGCAUCGGCCCCAUCCAAAGGUCCCAUUGUGAUUUGCCACGGGAUGCUCGGUUGUGCUCAGAACUGGAGCACUUUAGCCCGUCUCAUCGCCAAUCGAACGGAAAGGAUGGUCCUCGUCCCCGAUGCCCGUAAUCACGGCCAGAGCCCCAAAUUGGGACCCAUCACAUAUCCUCAUUUGGCGGCGGAUCUCAGGCGAUUGUGUCACGACCUGGACUUGAACGAUAUCACGCUCAUUGGACACAGCUUAGGAGGAAGGACUGCAAUGCUCUUGGCAUUGUUGGAGUCUGCGCCAAUCAAACAUUCGUGCGUGCAUCCAACCACUCGAGGCGGUAUCAAGAGGAUGAACAAUUUCCUCCAGGCCUUGGCCAAUGUCGACUUUCAAGCUAUUCCUGACUCUGCUUCGUUCAACCAAGCCAAGGCGAUCGUGGAUCGGAUUUUAGCCCGCUCCAUGGGUGACCAAACACUUCGAUCUUGGCUCUUGAUGAACUUAACCCAAAGCUCGGAAGACGAGGGAAAAUUCAAAUAUUCGUGGUCGUUUGAUGUCCACCUCUUUGAAGCGCACUUUGAAAAGGAUUUGGUAAGGGUUCCGGGCCAAGAGCAAUGGGUUCCAUUCGGAAAACCAACGCUUUUCUUGGGAGGGGCCAAGUCCAAUUAUAUUCCUCGUGAUGGACACGAUCUCAUCCGUCGUCACUUUCCUGGAGCUGUAUUUGAUUAUGUCGCCGAUGCCGGACACUUUGUGCAUGUGGAUAAUCCAGAGGAAUUUUUGCGGAAACUAGUAGAUUUUUUAUGAAUAUACACUGUCACUGCGUACGCCUACUCA